CUGAAGCAACUUAGCAGUAGCAGCAGCAACGUAUGUAAAAUACCUAUUUUUACUUGCAAAUUUGCUGUAUGACUCAGGGAACUCAAACAGGGCUCUGUAACAACCUGGAGGAGUGGGAAAGGGUGAGAAGUGGGAGGGAGUCCAUCACAAACUCCCUAUCCCUUUCCCCCUCCUGUUGCCUAUAUUUUCAAGAAGACCUCUCCAGCCCACAGUUUCAUAAAUAUUCUAAGUUUUUGUCUACUUUGUAUGCACAUUUCUUCUGUCUAAUACACACCCAGUCACACUCACAUCCACAGUUAGUGGAUAGUUGGAUAAUCAGAGCAUCAGUGGACCAGUAAUUGAUGUGCAGGUAUGCGGCAGGGGGACGGGGGUGGCAAGGGGACUCAGUGUGUCGAGAGUUUACAUCAUCCUCCUGUCCAACCUCACAUCCGACAUAAACUAAGUAUUAAAAAUUGUGUGCUAAAUUCUGACUUUUAUUGGGUUGGCCACAAAGUUCAUUUGGGUUUUUUCCAUCGGAUGGUACAGAAAACCUGAAUGAACUUUUGGCCAACCAAUACAUUUUUCCAGCUCAGAUGACAUCUCUGUUCUCCCAGUUACUUAAGAAGGAAGCGCAGGUGUUCCCUGCACUGUCCCAUAUCCCAUCACACUCAAAUCUCCAGGACUCUAUAUCCUAAGCAUCUCUGUCCACUCCUCCCAUGACCCUGUGGCCACCUGCUUGCUUCAAGAUGCCAUCAUCUCCCUGUGAAUCUCUGCAGCCCUGGCCUCUCAGGCUUCUGACUCAUCCCCUCCCACAGCAGUCUCCACCAUGCAAAGAGGAAUCAUUCUAAAAUGCAAACCCCACCUCCUCUUUCCCACAGCCCCCCCACUGCCCCACAGUCCAAAACUCCCACACUCAGCUGAGACUGUCCUUCAGGAGCCUGGCCACUCUCGUCUUAAAAAAAAAAAAAAAAGGGCAGACUCAUUUCUCAAAUUGUGUAUCCCAGCUCCACACUUUGUUCAGAGAAAACUAAAGUCCUUUGAAAAACACCAAGCUCUCUUUUCUGUCGAUCUCAACCUUGGCUCUGCUCUCCCCUCACCCCUUAAAAACUGAAAACGCACCUGCCCAGCUACUACCUCUGGGUGAUUCUGUUUCAGAAGGUCAAAUGCGAUCCCCAGGAACACAUUCUACAGAUAAUUCCCACAGCCACGUGUAGAACCACUGCUUUUAGCCCCCAGGCUGUAAGCAUGUUAUUCCCUCUGCCCCUAUUCCUCUUCUCUCUCCAUCAACCCCAGCCCUCACUUCACCACUGGCCAUCACCUCUGUUCUUUGAAGUCAAAGCUUAGAAGCCCCUUCCUCCAGGAACUUCCCUUGACCAGCAUGUUAGGGAGCCCCCUUAGAGCUCCCCCAGCCCCUGGCAUUCCCCGAUUCAAGCAUGCAUCACACUGUAAUAAAAACUGCUGGAUUUCUCAUCUCCCACCCCAGACUCUGAGUCUGGGAGAAACAAGGAUGGUGUGUCUGUUUUGCUCACCACUGAAUUUCCUGCACGGGGCAGAAAUCUAACACAUGGCAGGUGCUUAAUAAAUGUUUGCCACCAAAAAAGAAAAAGAAUGAACAAAUAAUACGUGGACGAAAGGAUGGCUGUGGCCGUUUCCAUGACAAAAACUGCUCAGCCCAGCCAGAGGACGGGUGAGUGGUCUGACCAGCAGAGGGCAGUAGGCUGCUUUUGAAUCUCUGGGUCCGAUUCCUGGGAGCCGGUUCUGCUGUCAGUCAGAAAGACGACCGAUGCUCAGUGGUCAUUUCGCCGCUCUGAAGAUUAAGUAGGAGUUGUUUGCCUCCAGCCAAUGUAUAAAAACUGAGUGUUUCCCCCGCACUCCUCACAACAGGUACCACGUCCCCCGUCUUGCUAUGAAAACUGUUUUAACUGUAGCAGCUAGUGGCUGGUUUUCUGUUCCCAGGUUGGGAUGUGAGAGGGGGAAAGAGAGAGAGAGAGACAGAAGGAAGCUAAGAAGGGAGAGAGCGAGAUAACUUUCUCUAAAACUGAUCGUCCUGGAGAAGCACAGGGAAGUUUUCUGUAAGAAUCCAAGCUGACUUUUUCCUCUGUCUCGCAUUCUCUCUCUCUCCCGACCUGUCUCUUUCUCUCCCUCUCUCCAUCCUUUUAUUCUGGGGAAGAACAAAAUCUAACACUGGACAAGCUUGUACCCUGGACAAGCAUCUGAAACCAGGAUCCGGGGGGAGAUUUUUUUUCUUUCCUGAAAGCAGCAGCAACAGCAGCAGCCACAGCCUCAGGACCCUGCUGGAGACCCCGCUCCGAUCAGCCAGCUGCCUGUAAGCGAUGAAUGCUUCGUGCUGUCUGCACUCGGCUCAACCAAAGCUGCCUAACAACUCAGAGCACGUCGCUGCCCCUUCCUUCAGCAACCAGAGCAGCAGCCGCUUCUGUGAGCAGGUCUUCAUCAAGCCCGAGGUCUUCCUGGCCCUGGGCAUCAUCAGCCUGCUGGAAAACAUCCUGGUCAUCCUGGCCGUGGUCAGGAACGGCAACCUGCACUCCCCCAUGUAUUUCUUCCUCUGCAGCCUGGCCGUGGCCGACAUGCUGGUGAGCGUGUCCAAUGCCCUGGAGACCAUCAUGAUCGCCGUGGUCAACAGCGACUACCUGACCUUGGAGGACCAGUUCAUCCAGCACAUGGACAAUGUCUUUGACUCCAUGAUCUGCAUCUCCCUGGUGGCCUCCAUCUGCAACCUCCUGGCCAUUGCGGUUGACAGGUACAUCACCAUCUUCUACGCACUCCGCUACCACAGCAUCAUGACCGUGAGGAAGGCACUGGCCCUGAUCGUGGCCAUCUGGCUGGGCUGCGGCAUCUGCGGUGUGGUGUUCAUCGUCUACUCCGAGAGCAAGAUGGUCAUCGUGUGCCUGGUCACCAUGUUCCUUGCCAUGCUGCUGCUCAUGGGCACCCUCUAUGUGCACAUGUUCCUCUUCGCCCGGCUGCACGUCAAGCGCAUCGCCGCGCUGCCACCCGCUGAUGGAGCGGCCCCGCAGCAGCACUCCUGCAUGAAGGGGGCGGUCACCAUCACCAUCCUGCUGGGGGUCUUCGUCUUCUGCUGGGCCCCCUUCUUCCUCCACCUCGUCCUCAUAAUAACCUGCCCCACCAACCCCUACUGUGUCUGCUACACUGCCCACUUCAAUACCUACCUGGUCCUCAUCAUGUGUAACUCCGUCAUCGACCCGCUCAUCUACGCCUUCCGGAGCCUGGAGCUGCGCAACACCUUCAAGGAGAUCCUCUGCAGCUGCAAUGGCAUGAACUUGGGAUAAGACAUGGGGCCGCGGCAAGGGUUCUCAGUCUGGUCACUUUCUACCCUCCAGCUGGCCCAGGUGUUUAGCAACAAGGCAGAUAACUACUUAUAAGACAUAAAAAAGAGUGUUACCAGUCAUGAUCCUAGGUGUCUUUUUAUUUUUAAGCUUGCAGAGAGCCUUUGGUUGAAAGGGGAAAAUGGUAUAUAACAGGCUCUCUGAAAGGAUGCCUACGUGGGUAAGUCACAAGCUCUGAUUUCUCAAAUAGUCCCUGGGGGGAAUCCAUGGAGGCUGCUCUGAGUGCUGUCUGCAUUCAUUUCCAUGCACCCAGGGUCUUGGACCCCUGCCUGCGCCCUGCUUCCCACCCACUCCUUCAUGCUUCAGGUCAGACAGACCCAAGGAUUUGCAGUAACAGUAAGGGUAGCUGGAAUCUCCCCCAAGCAAACCUGUUACAGCUACCAACCCCCAGCUCGAAUGGCUUUACUCUCAUUUCAUAAGAAACUGGACUUCUAGUCUAUUACUCUAUUUAUGGUGAAAAUAACCCUAAAAACAAUGACCUCUUUGAGAAAGAAGUAAUGCUAUGCUGUGCCCCUCUUCUUGACUCCAUCGCCACCCCCCAGCCCCCGACAGAAAUAGGAUGGGGAUGGAACCCACUUCUAUUUUUGUUAUUAUUUUUGUGUUAUUCUAUUUUGUGCUAUUAUGAUUGUUUCUGUUGUUGUUGGGUUUGUUUGCAUUCAACACAGGGCAUCUUUCAAAACUCUAAUGAAAGAGAGAUAAAGAUCAGAACAAACCCAUGUACAAAGUAUUUUGAUACCUUGCUAUUUUAAGGUAUAUACUUCCCUAUUUUAAAAAGACAAAUUUUUCCUAUGGUUUCUUUUCUGUCUUUAAAACAAGAGAGGGAAUUGUGGGUGGGAGGGCAUGUGUCUCAAGAAAUUGCUGGAGUGUAGUUUCAGGGAGUUAAACUCUGAGCUGCCUGUGACUUCUUGAAAGCUGUUUUGCUCAUAAGAACUGUGUCUCUGACACGUCUUUUCUAUGUGAUGUGAUGAUGUAUGAAGGAGGACGGUUUCUGGUUCACCGUUCCUUUUGUAUGACAUGGUGUUAAAGUUGGGUGACCCUGUUGUCAAGGUCUACACUGAGUCAAGUAAAGAGAUUCACUCCUGUGAACACAGGGUGAGCCUUGCUGAUGAGCUCUGUCCAUAGCUGUGUGCUGCGAGCAUCUGUCAGACCCCCUUCCUCCCCAGAGGACUUCAGACUGUACUUUCUGGUUGUCCCCACGUUCCCCUCUCCCACGAAUUCUUACAUUAUGCUGUGUCUUCAGUAUACAACUGUGUAUUUUUCUUGUGCUGUAAUAUACUGAGGCUUGCUGUACUUGAUCUGUGCUAAUGUGAACAAUAGGAUUUGUUUCUUGCUUUGGUUGUGAUGUUUGGAAAUAAUAAAAAAAAAGGCUGUUGUGGCUGAUAAACGUGUGUCACAUUGAACCACACCACCCGGAAGCAUCCCACUGGCUUCUGCUCAUAGCCGUCUACUGCAAUUCCGUGACUAUUUUGUCAAUGGCAUAAACAUCCCCAUUGACAGCAUUUCUGGCCUUUUCUAGGGCAAUGCUUUUUAGCCAAACUACAAAACUCUCCCAUUUAGUUUCCAAAAAUAUCAAGCUGAGAUUCCUGGGCCACUGCCACUCUGCAUUAUUUUAAUCGAGACACCAAAUAAUAGGUCUUGUCCACUGCCUCCCGGAAAAUUGAUGUGGAAAAUGGGGAAUCAAAUUCUUUGAAAAUGGUAUU